AGUGACGGGUUUCAUAAUUUGGUUGCACGCUCGUUAUCGUACGUACCGGCACUGGCUGAGUUUCUCCGCUAGCCAUUUUUGCAAUAGGACAGACCAGAAAGAUGGCCCAGGUUUCUGUUCGUUUAGCUGCGGCUGCAGCCAGGAGUUUGUCUCGGCAAGCUCCUCAGGUUGCCAAGAGAUGUAUAGGUGCCGCCUUUGUAUCACACAGAAAUCUCACAACAUCAUCGCCGAGGCCGAGUACAGCCGAGGUGUCUAGCAUAUUAGAAGAAAGAAUUCUUGGUCACACACCCAAAGAAAACCUUGAAGAAACAGGGCGUGUAUUGUCAAUCGGAGAUGGUAUUGCUCGUGUGUAUGGUCUGAAAAACAUUCAGGCAGAAGAAAUGGUAGAAUUCUCCAGUGGUCUCAAGGGUAUGGCAUUGAAUUUGGAACCCGACAAUGUUGGUGUUGUAGUAUUCGGUAAUGACAAACUCAUCAAAGAAGGUGAUGUUGUCAAGAGGUCAGGAGCUAUCGUAGACGUUCCAGUUGGUGAGCAGAUCUUGGGCAGAGUAGUCGAUGCCUUGGGUACACCCAUCGAUGGCAAGGGUCCACUCAACACAGAUCAGCGUGCCCGUGUAGGUACCAAGGCUCCUGGUAUCAUCCCCCGUAUCUCAGUACGUGAGCCUAUGCAGACGGGUAUCAAGGCUGUAGAUAGUCUGGUACCCAUCGGAAGAGGACAGAGAGAACUCAUCAUUGGUGACAGACAGACAGGAAAAACUGCUGUAGCCAUCGACACAAUCAUCAACCAGAAGAGGUUCAACGAUGGAGCUGAGGAGAAGAACAAGCUCUAUUGUAUCUAUGUUGCUAUUGGACAGAAGAGAUCAACUGUAGCACAGAUUGUCAAGAGGCUACAAGACUCUGAUGCCCUGAAAUACACCAUCAUUGUGUCUGCCACUGCAUCUGAUGCUGCCCCUCUACAGUACCUUGCUCCCUACUCUGGAUGUGCCAUGGGAGAAUUCUUCAGGGAUAAUGGCAAGCACGCCCUCAUCAUCUAUGACGAUCUUUCCAAACAGGCUGUAGCCUACCGUCAGAUGUCACUGCUUCUGCGUCGUCCCCCUGGUCGUGAGGCCUACCCUGGUGAUGUGUUCUACCUUCACUCCCGUCUCUUGGAGAGAGCCGCUAAGAUGAACCCAGACUUUGGUGGUGGAUCGCUGACUGCCCUGCCUGUCAUUGAGACCCAGGCUGGAGAUGUAUCUGCUUACAUCCCUACCAACGUGAUCUCCAUCACUGAUGGACAGAUCUUCUUGGAGACCGAGUUGUUCUACAAGGGUAUCCGCCCAGCCAUCAACGUCGGUCUCUCUGUGAGCCGUGUAGGUUCAGCUGCUCAAGUCAAGGCCAUGAAGCAGGUUGCUGGUUCCAUGAAGCUUGAUCUGGCCCAGUACCGUGAGGUAGCUGCCUUCGCCCAGUUUGGUUCUGAUUUAGAUGCUGCCACACAGAACCUUCUCAGUCGUGGAGUCCGUCUCACCGAGCUCCUCAAACAAGGACAGUACACUCCUAUGGCCGUAGAGGACCAAGUUGCCGUCCUCUUCGCUGGUGUCCGUGGCCAUCUGGACAAGAUCGACCCUGCCAAGGUUACCAAGUUUGAAGAACAAUUCCUUGCUCACAUCCGCUCCAGCCACCAAGGCCUCUUGGAUACCAUCCGCAGCGAAGGUCAGCUCAGCCAACAGACCGAGGAGAAGCUCAAGGACGUUGUAACCAAGUUCCUCGAUACCUUUGAGGCAUAAGGGACCACUUCUCUACCCCUUCCGCUUGGAGGGGAACCUCUUCAAACCAAAAUCAAAUCCCACGAGAGAUGGUCAUAGGAAUGAUGAGUGAUGUCUCUCGCAGUAUUUGAUCAGAUUUAUUAUUGUAUGUAUAAAAAGACCUACCAUUGAAAAUGAGAUUUAUGACAUGAAUUGCAGAUUUAUUCCAUGAUUGAACUUUAAAAAGUUGAAUGGAAUCAUUGCAUUAAAGAGUUUACAGUAGCUUGCUACAUUCUCAUAAGUCCCAAAAUGCUCCUUUUAUGUUGCUGUGCACUAGUUCACAUUUUUGUAUUCUGAAAUGAAUAGAUGUCUUAAAAAGAGCCAUCUGAAAUCCCAACAAAAUCAUUAAUAGAAUCUGUUCAGCUUGUUGUACCAGGCCCAGAAGUAUCCUAAAGAUUGAAGAUUUAUUUAUCCUUCAGAUUUGGUAGGUCAUAUUUUUGGCCAUGUAUUCCUUCUUCAUGGUCGUACAGAAAUAUUUGCAAGGUAAAUUAUGUACUGUUGUUCCCUCAUCUUGCACAGUUGCAGAUAGAAGGCUCAAGAAUGUAGUGUGAAAAUGUUUGAACCGUGUUAUGUGACAGGUUCUCCUAAUAAAGAGAUUUAUUGAUGAGAAAAAUGGAA